AUGGAACAUCAUCGAAAGUGCCGCUUUAAUUUUGCUUGGUCUCACGGCUAUCAUCCAAAUUACCGAUUUGGAAGAGCUGAACUUUCCGAUGCCAGGCAUAUUCUCAUCGAGCCUCCAAACUAUCCUGGGAGUUUCCGGAUACGAAAUCAGAUCUGGGAUGCUGCCUUGUUUGAUGUCUUUGUGAACCUAUUCGAUCACUUUGCUUCCGAGAACAUCAUUUGGGAAGAAUUUGAUUUCUUCUUCAUGAGCACCUAUGAUAAAAAGUCUUGGAAGUUCAUUCGCCCUCUGCUUCAGCGAGCCAGCUCCUUGGGUAUCUAUAAGAAACUUCGUGUCGAAAUGCAACUCCUCUUUGGGCCAGAGAAUCCACCAGAUACCACAAAAGAAUUCCUGUUGGAGGGAAUCGACCGGAACGAGAACCUUCAAGCCAUAGAACUUAUUUCGGUUCACACCAAAUCGUCGGAUCCUUUGGUGAGGGGAGAGCAUCCAUUUCAAAUGAGUAAAGGGGAUUGCAUUGCUCUAAAUCGAUUAUCAGAAGCGACUGAUUCUUUGAAAGAAUUGUCGCUCAAUGGAAUUGGAAUGUUGCAAACAAUGGGAGCUUCCGAUGGAGAAGGAGAACAAGAACGGAUUUGGUAUCAUCCGUUGUGUGAAGGAUUGGCAAAGAAUUCAUCGUUAGAAACAAUCAAAUUAGAUUUUGUGGGAUGUCGGAUGACGGAUAUGUCGCUUGCUCAAUUGGUCAUGUCGAUAUCCAAUAUUCCUACCCUCAAGUCGUUGACUCUCAAUUUCCCCUGUCAAGCGGGACCAUUGACUUCCGCAGCACUGCAAGACCUGCUCUUGAAAUGCCAUUCGUUGACGGAUCUGGUAUUGAAUGGUCCAAUUUCGGUUUCUUCGAGCAACCACGAAGAAGUCGAGACGGAAAAGGAGAGUGUCAAUGGCAAUGCCGGUCCACUACAGCUAGAUGCGAGCCAAAUUUUGCACGGCAUCCAAGAGAGCCGAUCUCUCAAGUCACUCAAGCUGCAACGGAUUAUGAAUGCUGAUUGGAGUCUAUCACGGAUUUUCGAAGCGAUAUGGAGUUGUCAAACCCUGUGCCAAAUCGAAGUCGAUGACAACGUGGAGAUAAUGCAGGAUUUGGAAGCGUUAAUUUCUAUGGAACGCUUUGAUAGACACAUGCGAUUGAUUCUACCAGUAGACCAAUAUCUGCAAGAUUAUGAGAGUGAGAAUGCGGUGGAAGUCCUCCAGGGAUUUUUGUUCAAACAUCCAGAAAUGCGAUUGAAGCCACCAUCUGUACUAUCCAAAAGAGCCAGAAACAAAAGAACCACCUCUAAUAAUCCUUCGGGAUUUUUCUCGCAACGCUUCAUGGCUUUGAUGGAGGAGUCUAUGUUCCUUUCGAAAUCGCUCAAGCACAUUUGUGACUUUAAUUGGCACGGCAGGUAUCUCAUGCACACUCCAGCAGUUCCUUUGGGAUUGUGGCCACGAGUGAUGGAACGGGCAACGACAAAUCCAAGCGUACUAUAUGAGUUGUUGAAAAGUCCAGCGUUGGUUUCUUGGGGUGGUGGUGCUACUGAAUCAUAG